GACCUGAAGAGUCGACACUCAUUUAAGGUCCACACUUACUCCAGUCCCACCUUCUGCGAUCACUGUGGCUCGCUGCUCUACGGACUCAUACACCAGGGCAUGAAAUGUGGCUCCAGAGGGGAUCCGCAAGUGCAGGGGAUGUCCAGUGUCCAGUGUCCAGUGUCCAGAUGGGGGUGGCCAGGGGUGGCAAGGGCCAUCCUUAAAAUAUGAUUAGCUACCCCAGGUUGUGACAUGAACGUCCAUCGGCGGUGUGAAACAAGUGUUCCCAGUCUCUGCGGCCAAGACCACACAGAGAAGAGAGGGAGGAUCCACCUGGUCAUCAAAGGGGAGUCAGAAGAUGUCUACGUCACAGUGCGGGAGGCUCGUAACCUGAUGCCCAUGGAUCCAAACGGCCUCUCAGACCCAUAUGUUAAGCUGAAAUUGAUUCCAGACCCAAAGAGCCACAGCAAACAGAAGACCAAGACCAUCCGCUCAACUCUUAAUCCUGUCUGGAAUGAGAGUUUCACCUUCUCCGUGCGGGGUCACCAGUGGGACAGACGGCUGUCGGUGGAGGUGUGGGACUGGAGCCGCACAUCCAGGAACGACUUCAUGGGAGCGCUAUCAUUCGGAGUGAGCGAGAUCUUCAGGCGUCCCAUCAGCGGCUGGUUCAAACUGCUGGCUCAGGAUGAGGGAGAAUACUACAACAUCCCUGUGCCCGACCCGGACCUGCAGGAGCCUAUGCCAGAUGCCGCAACCCCCACUUUGCCUCAGCAGAUACCUGUCCCGUUGUCCGAAGGCUUCCCUGUGGCCCUGUCCCCCACACCUGUGCCAUCCUGCCCACCUGUCCACAUACCGGGUCCCGCCAACGUAAAAGUGGGCAUCCACGACUUCAACUUCCUCAUGGUGCUUGGCAAAGGCAGCUUUGGCAAGGUGGUGCUGGCAGAGGAGCGAGGCAGCGAGCGACUGUUCGCCGUCAAAGUGUUAAAGAAAGAUGUUCUCUUCCAGGACGAGGACACGGAGAGCGCCCUGGUGGAGAGGAGAGUUCUGGCCCUUUCCUCUCGCCCUCACUUCCUCACAUCGCUGUAUUGCGCCUUCCAGACUGAGGACCGUCUGUAUUAUGUGAUGGAGUAUGUCAACGGAGGAGACCUGAUGUUCCACAUUCAGAUAGUCGGCAAGUUCAAAGAGCCUCACGCAGCGUUUUAUGCAGCAGAGGUAGCGGUCGGUCUCUUCUUCCUCCACAGCAAAGGCAUCAUCUACAGGGAUCUGAAGCUCGAUAAUGUGCUGCUCGACAGCGAGGGCCACAUAAAGAUAGCCGACUUCGGGAUGUGCAGGGAGGGGAUGUUUGAAGACGACACCACACGCACAUUCUGUGGCACCCCGGACUACAUCGCCCCUGAGAUUGUGGCAUAUCAGCCCUAUGAUAAAGCAGUAGACUGGUGGUCCUAUGGAGUACUGCUGUAUGAAAUGCUGGCAGGACAGCCACCGUUUGAUGGUAUAGACGAGGAGGAGCUGUUUCAGUCCAUCAUGGAGCAGUGUGUCUCUUACCCGAAGAGUCUCUCUCGUGAAGCCGUCGCUAUCUGCAAGGGACUUCUAACGAAGCACCCGGCCAAGCGUCUGGGUGGAGCAGCAGACGCAGAGAGAGAGAUCAGGGAACAUCCAUUCUUUCGCUGGAUUGACUGGGACCGUCUGGAGAGACUGGAGCUCCCGACACCCUUCAUACCCAGAACUGGCGGGAAAAAGGGUGAAAAUUUCGACAAGUUCUUCACAGCAGCUCCGUCUGCACUCACUCCAUCCGACCCGGAUAUACUUGCGGCUAUAGCCCAGGAAGACUUCGAGGGCUUCUCCUUCCAGAACCCAGACUUUGCUCCUUCACCUCUGACAGCGGUUUGAAAACGGCUCCAACACGCUCUGAACGCACCUGAAUCACCCUGUCGUCUCCUUGAUAGUAGUUUUAUAACAAAGAAUCUGAACAUGACACCUCUCAUAACCAAAUUCUGUUUACAUGACAAUGCCAAGACACCUUUCUAUUCAUGCACUCUCUUUGAUGUAUGUAUUUUACCUUGAUAGUCACAGAAUAUGUUGCAAACAAAGCCAGUAUCAUUCUGUAGAUCUGCAUCCUAGAGUUUUUUUGUAAGACAUUCCUUAACUUGAUAGAGUGAUUGAAGAGUACUGUAGUAUGAACCUGGUUUAUGAAUCUCUUUGCAUGCAAUGUUUGUAGAAUGAAAUGCUCUGACACAUUAGUUUUCUAUAGCAUAGAAUAUCCAGGGUGAUAUAAACGUAUCACAAGGCAAUUGAUUUAUUUAAAACCCUGUCCUGUACUUUAAAUCCCCAGAAGUCAGGUUUCUCUCAUAUAUUCCGAGUCACUUUUUAAUCAUUUGCAGCUCCAACACGUGACUAUGAAUGUUUCCUAGCAGGUUUGUUCCAGUGUAACAGUGAAUUUCUACAUAGUAGAGUGAUUCAUCAACAAGCAAGUCAGUUAGUAGCCUUUUUUUGUAUCAGACUAGCAGUUCAGUCACGUUUCUAUGGCCUGGUCUGACCUCCCAUUUUAACGUCACACCAGUGGCCCCAGAUGACCUGCUGAGAGCAUGAAACAACAACGGCCUGCACGGUUAAUGUGACCGUCAAUGUAGGCUGCAGUGCUGCCCCACAGCUCGGGCCCACUCUGCUGCACUCUAUUAUCACAUUACUGCCUCAGAUUGAGCUGCAUCUUUUUACUCACAUUUUACUAUUUCCUCUGUAGUUCUCGAGCAAGCUGUGAAAUUCCAUCUACAUUGUAAUGAGCUGAAAUAAUGCUCUGUAAUGAAUCCCAGCUCCGCACUGAAAGUGUUUCUGCAGCCUUAGUAAAUAUGCCUCUUAAUGAUGUAUUCUCCGGCCAAAAGAGGAGGUGUUUGCAGAAUUGUUAUCAUUAUUUCUGUUGGAUACAAUGAAGCUUUUUGCUGUGUAAUGACAUAGUCACAGCAUUGAUUGGGGGUAAUUAAAAGUGAGGCUCACUGGAACUGUUCAAUACAUGGAAAAAUAGCAGCGCUGUCAUUAAACACUAUCUGAGCAGUGCAGGUGGCUGCAAACGUCCAGUUUAAUAAUCGCAUUUUAGAGCUCCCAUCUCCCCAACCAGCCACAGAAAUAUGUCUGAGUUCCUUUAAAGCAUCUUUAUGAUUUGUUUUCUUUGUGAUUUUUUGUGAACUUUAUCUAUCUCUCAUCUAGAGGAGCAAAAUGACUCAUUUCUUUUAUGUGUGUGUCCCUUUAACAACAGCCAACAGUAAAGGUCAGAUCAGUUAAUCUGUGUGUAGGCCUCAAAAUGUCACAACACACCACACCUAAUACAAUAGAUAAUACAAUCAAUGAUAGAUAAUACAAUAGAUGAUUUAUGCAUUUAUGUAUCUGUUACUUGAGAUAACUUCUUGUUUUCAUGUGCUGGGAAAAAAAGCAACAGAAAUAAACUCUACUGAAAAAAUCAUGAAA